GUAUGAUGGAGGAAGUAGAUAAUAUAAUUAUUCAUUCGUUACGUCAAAUAGGCUGUGGUAUAAAGGAAGAAGUAACAAAUUUAAGCGGUUUUGACACAGAGACUGUAGUAGAAGCAACGGUAAAAUGUUUAGAUGCUAUAAGACCAGGACUUGGAUUGCAUACUACUUUGCCUCCAAACAUGGCUGCACGUUUUCGUUUAGGUGCAACAUUAGCACAAGCAUGUACGGACCUUGGAUACAAAGGUGAUAUUGGUUAUCAGACAUUUCUCUAUAGUUCGGAAAAUGAUUUAAGGAGGGUUUUAAUGUUUUUGAUUGAAAAAUUACCUAAAGAAAGUGAUAAGACAUUAAGCGAACCAACCAGUGAAAUCGCUUUGCUAGAAAAAUCUAUAGCAUCUGUUAUAUCACAAAGUUUUUCCAUACCAUGGUUACCACAUUUUUGCCACAAAAAAGGAUUCAGAAACGGAGGAAGGGCAAGUGUACCUUAUACAUCUGUAAAUAUAGAAGUACCAUUAUCUGAUGUAGAAGAAGAGUAUCAAGAUUACUAUUUACAUUAUAUGCAACCAGUGCCUAAUCAAAUGCAAACUCAACAAUGUUUUCUACCUUCUAUUCUUUCGCACAAUGCAAGAGCAAUUCAUUUGCAAUCGACAAAUAUUAGAGAACGUAUUGACUGGUUGAAUGCCCAACAAGAAAAGAUGAUGCAUGUAUCGAAUCACAAUCAAUCAUUUAACAGAGUUACUCUAAAAGAAUCAACAGUAUCUAAGAAUUCUCAAUUGAAUGAGGCUGAUGUUACAACAGCCGAUGUUACAACAGCUGAUGUCACUCAGCAAGAAUUUGUUUCUAAGAAAGAAGAGACACAAGACUUGCAAGUUGAAAAAAUAAAAGAAGAAUGUGAAAAUUUUAAACGUGAUAUAGAUAGUUUACAAGAAGAAAUCAAAAAGUUAACUGUAAAAGCAACUCAAGUAUCUAUGACUUAUCAAAACGAGGAAAAGGCAUUAAAAAUUAAUGAAGAACAAAAAAAACUUAAAGCAAGAGCUUAUGAGUUAUAUCUAGAUGGAGAACAGAGUAUACAUAAGCUAGAAGCUACUAUUGAAACCAUCACGAAUAAAUUAUUACAUUUAGCUAAUCAAUGGGAAAAACAUAGAAUGCCAUUAAUUCAAAAAUAUCGAGAAGAAAGAGAGAAACAUUCCACAAAAGCAAGCGUAAGCCAAAAGAAACAGGAUGAAAUCAAAUUACUCAAAGAAAAAGAGAAAGAGCUCGAAGAAGAAUGUAGGAACAAAGACCAAUUGUUCUCACAAUUAGUGGUAGAAGUACAGAAACUUCCGAAAGAAGUUAACAGAUCGGCAUACACUCAACGAAUUUUAGAAAUAAUAAAUAAUAUCAGAAAACAGAGAGACGAGAUUAAUAAAGUUUUGGCAGAUACUCGUGAAAUUCAAAAAGAAAUUAAUACGCUUACUGGCCGCUUAGAAAGAUCAUUCACAGUAGUAGAUGAAUUGAUAUUCAGAGAUGCAAGGACGAACGAAGCCUCCAGGAAAGCGUACAAAUUAUUGGCGACAUUACAUUCUGAUUGUAGUGAGCUUGUAAGUCUGGUCGAAGAAACAGGUGCUACAGUACGUGAAAUAAGAGAUUUAGAAGAACAGAUCGACACAGAAUCUGCUAAGAAUGUCGGCGCAAAUCUAGAGAGAAUAACUGCUGAUUUAAAACAAAUGAAACAAGAAACAGCUGCAUUAACUGCACAACUCCAAAACCGAACUUCAUGAUCACAUUAUAUGUGCAAUAAUAAUACAAAUUAUAGCACACUCAUAAUCACAUAAAAAUACGAAAAACAAUAUUCAGGUGAAUAUUAAUCAUUAAAUACAAGACUAAAUGGACAAAUACUUUUAUAGUUAUGCAAGCCUUGUACACAACUUUAAUAACUUAGUCUUAUUCAUGGAUGUAUUAAUUAUAAAGGACGCUGUAUAAACAUGCU